UAGCUGCAGAUCAGAGGAGCUGAGAGCGGUGCGCUCAGUCUGGCUCCUACACAAGAACAUUUUCUUUGGAGUGACACUACCAGUUUCUGCUUGGGAUUCCUCUGGAAUUUUACACGCCGUACUCCAAGACUCCUAUUGGCUGUCUGCCCAUCUGGCUCGGCCCCACUUUGCCCACUUAGGAGACCUCAGACCAGCUUUAAGGUGAACAAGGUCAGAGGGCCCCUGUUUAGCCCACACUGCAGCGCGAGGAUCAUCCUGACUGCUUAAGAACCACCUGCAACCAUGACAACCAAAUCCAAAAGCAGCGUUCUGGGUGGCAAGGCUUCCUCCUCUCCUCUUUUGUCUUCUCCACCCCGCCAACGCCUGGUUACAAAAGACGGACACUGUGCCCUUCGUCCACCUCUGUGCUCUUCAGGAUCAUGGCGCAGGACCUUGGGAAGAGCCUGGUUGCUCGCCCUGCAGGACCUGUGGGGACUGUUGGUGGGUCUGCGUUGGAGAUGGGUCCUCUUGGCUUUCUGCGCAUCCUUUCUGGCUCACUGGCUGCUGUUUGCCUGCAUGUGGUACUUGCUGGCUCACCUCAACGGAGACCUGGCUGUGCAGGACCAUGAUGCCCCCCCACAGGGGCAUGUGGUUUGUGUGAAGCACAUAACCAGUUUCACUGCUGCUUUUUCUUUCUCCCUGGAGACACAGCUUACCAUCGGCUAUGGCACCAUGUUCCCCAGUGGGGACUGUCCCAGUGCCAUAGCACUGCUGGCUGUGCAGAUGCUGCUAGGGCUCAUGCUGGAAGCAUUCAUAACAGGUGCAUUUGUUGCCAAGAUUGCACGUCCCCAGAAGAGAGCAGGAGCUAUCCAGUUCAGCCCUCAGGCAGUGGUGGGCCAACACCAGGGCCAGAUGUGCCUUAUGCUACGAGCCACUAACCUGCUGCAGCGACCUCUGGUGGAUGUAAAAGUGAGUGCUGUGCUUUAUAAGGAACAUGAAGGUCAGGCCCUGCACCAGACUUCUCUAGACUUCCACUUGGAUCAUCUCGGCCAGCAGCCCUGUCCCUUCUUCAUCUUCCCACUCACCUUUUACCACCCCCUAGACCGUCAAAGCCCACUUUAUCCCACCCUUUGUGAGGGCACGUCCAACCACUUUGAGUUGGUGGUCUUCCUUUCAGCUUUGCAGGAGGGAACUGGUGACUCCUGCCAGAAGAGGACCUCUUACCUGAGCCAAGAAAUUCAGUUUGACCGUCGCUUUGUCCCUGCCUUGGGGAUGGAUGCUCGAGGGAGAUACACGGUGAGCACCCAGCACUUUGACACAGCCCACUCAAAGGAGCCUUUGAACAAGGAUUGUGUGGUGCAGAUCAAUGGUGAUGGCAGCGACAAGAUGGAGUAGGAAUGGGUGUGGAUUUUGGAGUGAUAACUGGGGAUAACAAUGGGGUAGAUAUCUUUGUCAGGAGGUACUUGAUUAAAUUUGUUAAAUCUAAAUGUCUUAAGAUAUAAAAUGUAAAUGUAUAUCA